AUGUCGGACAUAACACAGGACUGGGCCCCAGACUCUUGGAGGUCAAAGCCCAUUAAACAAUGUCCCGAAUAUCCAAACCAAGAAGCACUGAAGAAGGCGACGACGCAGCUCAAGCGGCUCCCGCCCAUCGUGCACCCACGUGAGAUCGAGCGGCUCAAGGAGCUACUAUCAGAUGUUGCCCAUGGCAAGGCCUUCCUUCUGCAGGGUGGCGACUGCGCCGAGCUGUUUGACUACUGCGAACAGAGCACCAUAGAGUCCAAGAUCAAGCUGCUCUUGCAGAUGAGCUUGGUCCUGAUUUGGGGCGGAAACAAGCGGGUCGUCCGCAUAGGCCGCAUGGCUGGACAGUACGCAAAGCCCAGGUCCAGUCCGACCGAGAUUGUCGACGGCUGCGAGGUUCCCUCCUUCCGGGGAGAUAUCCUAAACGGUUUCCCGCUUGACCAGCGAGAGCUGGACCCCGGGAGGAUGGUGCAAGCGUACCACCACUCGUCCGCUACGCUCAACUACGUGAGGGCGUCAAUCUCUUCGGGAAUCGCGGACCUGCACCGCCCACUGGACUGGGGUCUCGGCCAUGUGCGCGACGCUACCCUCAAGGCAAAGUACGAACAAGCUGUCGACUUCUUGACAGAGUCGCUGCGCUUCAUGCAAACCAUCGGUGCCGACAAGAGCCCCAAUCUCGGCACGGUAGAACUGUAUACCAGUCACGAGGGUCUGCUGCUCGAGUACGAGGAGCCCCUGACGCGUCUGCUCGAGAAUCCCUCCACGGCAGCCAAAGAGGACGAGGCGACGCCGGGCAAGAAGUACUACGACACGUCGGCUCAUUUCCUCUGGAUCGGAGAUCGCACUCGUCAGAUUGACGGCGCCCAUGUCGAGUUUUUCCGCGGCAUCGCGAACCCCAUCGGCGUCAAGGUCGGCCCCAGCACACCCGCUUCCGACUUGCUCUCUCUACUACGGAAGCUCAACCCCGACCGCGAGGCGGGAAAGAUAACGCUCAUCACACGCUACGGCGCCGAUCGUGUUGCCGAACUGCUGCCCGCGCACAUUCGCGCCGUCGAGGACAGUGAGUACCGUGGGUUAGCCGUGUGGCAGUGCGACCCGAUGCACGGCAACACUCGGUCCGUUGGGAAUUUCAAGACUAGGGAGUUCAAAGACAUUUUCGAGGAACUGUCUCAGACACUCAGGAUCCACAAAGAAGAGGGCUCCUACCUCGGAGGCGUUCAUCUCGAGCUCACAGGCGAUGCCGUCACAGAGUGCCUGGGCGGUGCCGCAGAACUAGAGGCCUCGGAUCUGCCGACAAACUACACAAGUUUCUGCGACCCCAGACUCAACGAGAAACAGGCCUUGGAGCUGGCAUUCCUGGUGGCCGAUCACUAUCGCAAGGGUAGGACACCACCGACUUGCUGA